UAUUUUUGAGGACAAUCCAUUUACAGUGUACACGUACACUCUGGUUUUCCCAGAAUUGCAAAGCAAAAUUAUCCGCUCAAUCUCAUAAACCCUAGACAAACUUUGGUGCAACUCAAAAACCCCUAAUCACACAACAAAGGAUUUGCAGAUUCUGGUUUUAUACACUCCACUUUGCAGUAUUCCAGAAAUUAGGAUAAUCCCAAAAUUAAACCAGAAGCAUAAAAAACAGCAAAUUUUGGGCGAGAUGAUGUGGGACGAGAAUUGGUUCGACCAAAACAGCAACAAUGAUGAACAACAUCAAGAAUCUCCCUUCAAUUUCGACUUUCUCUCUCUUAUUGCCAAACCCAAGGACUAUUAUAGAAUAUUGGAAGUGGAUUAUGAUGCAACAGAGGAUUCAAUUCGGUCUAAUUACAUUCGCUUAGCCUUGAAAUGGCACCCAGAUAAACAAAAGGGGGAAGAUGGGUCUACAUCAAAGUUUCAAGAGAUAAAUGAGGCUUACCAAGUCUUGAGCGAUCCGAUAAAGCGACAAGAAUAUGACAUGAAAGGGAUGAUGACCUAUGACUACAAUGUUAUUGACUAUCUAAAUCGUUAUAAGGGACUGAUAUUAACUUGCAAUGGCCUUGGCAUGAAGCAUUCUAUAUGGUAGAUCUCCUAAACCCUGCUAACUAAGGGCUCAUUCAGUAUCACUGCCAGUUUCCAGUUUUUGGUUUUUAAAAUCAUAUGAUUUAGAUUGAAUCAUGAACUUAAAAAAUAGUCGAUACCGAACGGACCUAAAGCAAACAUAAUAAAGCAUGGAGAUCAGGUGAUGUGGUUCCACUUCCCGAUGUAGCUGAUCAAAAUGCAACCCUUUUGCUGAGAUGGGUGAAGCCUCGAGAGUUAGAAGUCUGAAAUUUUUGUAACAGCACCGGAAAAUACAUGUAUAGCUUUAACAUUUUCCAUCUAACAAUCUCGCGCUUGGCCUUUUGUAUGAGCUGUUAUAUGAAGUACUUUUGUGUAUCAACUGGUUAUUUUGUUCGAGUCCUAUCAGGUAUAUCAGGUAUCAGGUAUCAGGUAUCAGGUAUAUGAGCAGUCUUUUGUGCUCAUUUAGUGUAAACUUGUCAGACAGCUGCAUCAAAUAAGAACUCUGCUGAAUAGGUUUCCUGUGUUCCUUUCAAGAAGCACACUUUUGAAA